GUUCCACAGUGUAAUGGUAUACAUUUAUUAUUUAUAAUAACAAUUAUUGACAACAAUAGUCAAUAACGAAUAUAUUUUUGUAAUAAUGUCUAAUGUAGACAUAGUGGAUAUAGUGAAUAGUGAUGUCAUUUGUUGACUCUGUUUUCUAAGUUCUAAUAGUAGACGGUGGUAUUGUACUCAGUAGUAUUCGAUUCAUUAUUAUGAUUAUUUUGUUUUGUACCUCUUAGAUAAUAUUAUUUUUUUUUUCAAACCAUUUUAAUAGUUUCUCGUUGUAUAAGUGUGAACUGUAAGUUCUCUGCACAUUAAGUUUUUGUUUGGUGUCAGUAUUAUUUUGGUUUUAAAUUUUUUACACCACAACACUUUCUCUUUGCUCCGUCAAUUAUACAAAUUUUAAAAAUAUCCUCUUUGUAACUACCUAUUCUAGAAAUGGCAGACUUAUCCUAUAUACUACCUGUGCUGUUACUACUGACUGCCACAUUGACUCACUUUUGCUUGCAUAGAGUUGAUGAAGGGCAUGUGGCUGUCUACUAUAGGGGUGGAGCAUUAUUAUCCCAAAUUAGUUAUCCUGGUUACCACAUCAUGAUGCCCUUCCUAACAACUUUUCGGUCUGUACAAGUUACACUUCAAACAGAUGAAGUAAAAAAUGUUCCUUGUGGUACAAGUGGUGGUGUAAUGAUUUAUUUUGAUAGAAUUGAAGUUGUCAAUAUUCUAAAUGCUUCUAGUGUUUUUGAUAUUGUUAAGAAUUAUACUGCAGAUUACGACAAAACAUUGAUAUUUAAUAAAGUACACCAUGAACUUAAUCAGUUCUGCAGUGUUCAUAAUUUACAUGAAGUGUACAUAGAUCUAUUUGAUCAAAUCGAUGAAAAUCUUAAAGUGGCAUUACAAAAAGAUUUAACAGAAAUGGCUCCUGGACUCAAAGUACAUGCUGUACGUGUUACUAAACCUAAAAUACCAGAGACAAUACGCAAAAAUUAUGAAAUCAUGGAAGCAGAAAAAACUAAACUGCUCAUUGCUGAACAAAGACAAAAAGUUGUUGAAAAAGAAGCAGAAACGGAACGUAAACGUGCUAUUAUAGAAGCUGAAAAACAAGCACAAGUAUCAAAAAUUGAAUUUGAACAGAAAAUUAUGGAAAAAGAAUCUAUUAAACAGAUAUCUGUAAUAGAAGAUACAAUUCAUUUGGAUAAAGAAAAGAGUGCAGCAGAUGCCGAAUUUUACCGUAUUAAAAUGCAAGCCGAUUCUAAUAAGUUAUUACUAACUAAAGAAUAUUUAGAAAUGAAACGCAUUGAAUCAUUAGGAAAUAAUACAAAACUUUAUUAUGGACCAGAUCUCCCCAAAAUUUUCAUGCAGCAAUAUAAUCCGUUAUAAAAAAUAUUAAUUCAAGUUGAACGGAAUUUUUGAUAUAUAAAUAUUAAAUUGUAAGAACUAAAAAUAUAUCUCAAAAGUUCAGCUAGUGUUACAUUGUUACUAGUCAAUUUCCUGUUUAAAAUAGUUUCUUAUUUAAAUAAAUUAGUCAUCUAAUUUAAUGAAAAGUAAAUAAACCAAAUGUUUAAUUAUUAAGACUUGCAUGUAAUAUUAUGUAUAUAGUAUAUGUUUAUAAUUUAUAUACAUAAAAAAUAUAUAUUUUUAGUUUUUAACUAUUAUAGACUUGAAAAUAGAAUAUCACUUUCAAAGUCGUAUAAAAUUUACAUUGGCUAAUUUCUUCAUGUAUUAAAAUCACAAGAAUUAAAUGUUACUUAAAAUUAAAAAUUUAAAACCACUUAUAUUGCAUAACUUUAAAAUUGUAUAAUAAACAAUUGCAAGUUUUUGAUUUAUUUUAUUAUAUUGUGUAAUCUUUAAUUCAUUGUUUUGGCAAAUUAUGAAUAUUUCUGUUCGGUAGCAAGCUGAGAAACUGUACAAUUACAUAAUAUGUAACAUAUUAAAACAUUGAUUUUUGGAAAAAAUUUUCUGAAUUAAGUAAUUUAACUAUAAGUAACUAAGAUAACAAAUGUAUAUAUCUACGAAAAAAUAGUAUAAGCGAUUGGUAAUUAAAUUUAAAAGCAACGACAGAUAAUUUUACUGGAAACGUUGCUUCUGAUCUGGAAUCAAUUACGAAAUAUGGAAAAUAAAAAAUAAUAAAUCAAAGAUUUUAAUUUACAUUUGUAAGAACCACCCUAAUCUAUAGUGCUUAUAAAUGUAAACGCAUGUAUUUUGUAUGAAUUAAUAACAAUUAUUACAUAAUCAAUGUUUAAACUUUAUUAUAAAAAUUAAAUCAUAGUAAAUACUAAAUUUACAAUUUAGGUAAUCUAGCAUAUAAGCCAGAUAAGAUAUUGUAUAUUUAUUUUAAAAAUGUGUAGAGGUACCCACUUUUUAUUAAAAAUAUCAGCUGGUAAAAUUACAUAAGAACAAACGGAUGUAUUAUCAUAUAACAGAGCAAAAUUAAAAUACUUUUCACACAUUGAAUAAUA